GAAUAUGAAUGGCAAUACCGAAAAUAGAAGUUUUGGCAAGGUAGUUUUGGGUACAUUCCCGGUGGGCCGGGGGGGAGCCUAUUUAUGUAACCAUCGGGGUAACGGGAGCAGAAUAAUUGGAGAAAUCGAAGGAAGGAGUGCGUAGUGGUAGGCGAUUAGUGCUGGGCGUCGCGAUGCCGUAAUUCUGUUCGCGUGCUCGCUCUCGGCUCUCUCACUGCGCGAUCGAUCGCUCUGCUCCAAUUCCUCGCCGGUCUCUUCUUAAUUGUCGAUAGUUUUUGUUUUGAAAAGUACGGACGGGGAUCCCGUCCACUAGUCUAUGAUUGGAUUUCACGCCGCCGUCCAAAGGUAGAAAACCAAACCUCUCCUUCAUCUUUCGUUCAGUUCCUGCUUUUAUUAGGGAGAUUGAUUUUGCCCCAAAAAGUAAACAGUUCUGCUCUCACCAUUAAAGAGAAUCCCAUCUCUUCUACCAAUCUAUCUAUCUUUUCUUCAUUAUUCUUCUUCCGAUUUCGUUCUUUCUUACUAAAUCUCAUUUUGUGCGAAAGUACACAUAACAAACUCAAAUUAAUUUUGCAGAGAAUGGACCCCGCGGAGAAGAGAACUUUGAUGAUGAAGCAACUGGCGCGACAACUGGACGAGAUCGAGACGGAAAGUCAGGCCAGGAUCGACGCAGCUUUUGCGCCACUGCAGCAAACCAAGAAUACCAUGCGACUUAUCUUUGAGGGCUACAUGGCCAACCGUGACUCCUUCCCAGUCGAGUCCCAAGAUGACUUCGACAUUGUCUUCAUACUCCACGGUCAAGGCUUGCGGUUCAAGGUUAGGCUCUAUCGAGAGCCUCUAGGAGAUGCUCUCUUCAGCGAAUUCCAGAGAGCAUUGACCAGAUUGGGAGACAUAGAGUUUGAGACUGAUGAGUCGACCUGCCCCUGUGCCAGCAAUUUGAUCAUCACCUGAGCAUCUCUGAUGAUGCUAGCUACAUAUGCCAAAUAUAUGUAUAAAUUAUAUGAUAUGAACCUAUCAUUUUUUCCCCCAUUUGUAGUGAUUUGAGAAUUUUUACAUUUCAUUAAUAAAACUUUAUGAUGUAC